AGUGUCCACUGUCCCUGAAUGGGUUAAAUUAGUGCACUAUAAAAGGAUAAUAAGGUUGGCAAACAAUGAAACUGAUUUAAAUGCAAUGGGAUUUACGAACUAGAAGCUUGUGAGUUUAAAAAAUGAGUCAAAAUUUUAUACUUGCGUGUUACAUUUAUUACCAGCUUUCCCAGUUAACAUGCAUCAUUUCAAUGGCAGCGAUUGCACUACAUGGCAACUAAAUAGCGUUAAAGAAUAUUGCACACAUCAAGGUUAACUGGCUCAAAUGUUUAUUAGUACUUUAACAUGUAAUUAUGUCAGAAGUGAUGACACUUACCUUGUGGUCAAAUUUGCUUUAUUGCUGUUUAUUUGAUUUCUGUUGUGGAAAUUUUCCAAUGACUAAGGAAUUCGGAUUAUGAAAAAGACACAAUGUAUCCAGUACUGCCUGUGAGUAGUGUAGAUGAAGGACUGAUCAAUGUUAAUUAAUCCUGGUCAUUUGCUAAUAAUCGUUUCUUCACCCAUGUAAGCAAUGCUUUGUCAUUUGGCAUCUUGCGUUUCACCACAAGCUUUUCGCGUAUCAUCUUUUUGUUUUUCCUCUUGUUGCCUUUGACAAAGUGUGCAACCCAAGCUCGUGCCCAAAUUACUCAAGUAAUGUAGUCGUUACGGCAACUUGAGCCUCAUUCUAACCAGCCUUUGGAAGCUUACAGGCCCUAAGGUGAAUUUUGACUUUCAUCUGUUGGCCCAUGGGUAUUUACUUGUUUUUAGUUUGUACUUUUGCCCCCUCUAAAAGCGCUGCUGUAGUCUCAUCCUGUCAAUUCGCGGCCAGUUCUAGAGGAGUUUUGGAAACACUCGCAAACUCAUUUUCCUUGGGUAUUUUGGGAAGGUGAAGUGUAACAAUUUCUUGUGCGUUCCUGCAUUUUCUAUGCUUUUUUUUUAAUAGACAUUUUUCAUUCAGCUCAAAGUGGAUCUGCAGUAAGUUCACAGCUCCAUUUACGCAAAUCCCAAAACACUAUGUGGGUAUUCAUUGUGACAAAGGAAUCAAAGCCAACAAAGAGCUUACUUGUGUCUUUCUCUGACUGACUUUUAUGAAAUGUAGUACUUGUUUAUUAUCAUUGGGUAGUUUUUGUUUUCUGUAAUAUGUAUGACAGCCUUUGUUUGUAUCAUUUAAUACCAAAUGUGGAGGUGUUUAGUGUCAAAAAGAUGAGAAUUGUGUCAAUCUCCCAAUAUUUAUGGACCUCACUGUAUGGAAUAUUAAUUUUUCAACUGUCUGAGUUGUACACCACAUUCAAAGUCACCUGGGAUUGGCUCCAGCUACCCCUCUAGACUGACUGAGAGGAUGGAUGGAUGAGAAAAUCCAUGGAGACCGUCUACACUUAUCCCCCUUUUUUAACAGGAGCUGGAUUUUACAGGAUGCAAUCGUGUGUGUGUGUGUGCACGCCAUCUCCAGCAUCUCUUUCAUACAGUGUCUCCCCACAAGCCGAGUUCUUUGUGUAGAGCACAAAACCGAUUGAACAGCUUCCAUUGUUGACCUCUGCAUGUUGGUGACUCCCUGACAUCUUUGGCAUUAACACACGAGGCUUGAAACUAACAAGGACUCAAGUGAACAGAGGAAAACGAGCUUUGUAUCACGAGAAGAAAUGUUUGUCACCGUCCUGUUUGGAGAAAGCAGAAUGGAAAUGUUUAACAUCAACUGUAAACUGAUACAUUUUGUCCAAAAUUUAAAGGAACGCUGUGGUGUCGACUUGAAAGACUGUGUGGACCUGAUGAACCGCAAUGGGACAGUAGUGAACUUAGAAACUAAUCAGCUUGGUGUGGAUAUGGCCAGCAGCCUGCUGGCAGAGAGGCAACACUAUGUCCUCCUACAAGUAUGCCGAAAUGAUAACAAUGAAGGCCUGAAGUAUAUUUCUCUUUUGCAAAAUGUUAGUCAGAGCCAUCCAGAAUUUACAGAACCACUGAGGAAAGUGUGCAACCCAGGCGAAGAGCGUGACAAGAAGGUUAACUCGGUGCGGAGAAGUCGCACACGAACGAAAACUGCUGCCGGCAAGAGCUCGGACAAAAAUGACUGUCAACAGUGAUUAUGCUUACGUGAAAGCAAAUCAUGUGCAGUAACUUCAUGUUUUUCGCUAAAAUAACAAAAUUUUGAAUUCGCGUCUGUUUUAGAAAUGUUGCUUUGACAAGCAUUUCUUGUUACCAAUCCAUCCCUUUGACCCGUUUCAAACACUCAUUUAACUCGUUGGCUGCGAUUGAGGGCUCUGGACAUCCAAUCCAUUUUGACUGAGAAUGGCGAAUGAAAGAACCCAGUCAAAAUGGAUUGAACUUUAGGACCGUCAAUGGUACAGAUACAUGAACAUCACAGCCAGUCGUCCCGGUAUAAAUGAAGUGGACGUCUAUUGCCAACAAUGGGAUGCAUUGAGUUAAAUACUACGAAAACAUUCAUUUUAAAGCAGCGUUAGAGUGAAUGCCGUAACCAGUAUUUCUGCUUUUGUUCAUUUUAAUUAACAUUUUACUCAUUUAUUAGUUUAUUUAUAAUUACUGUAUAAAUAAUCAUUAAUAAUUAAAAAAGAAUAAUGACCAAAAAUAGUCACUUAUUGAAUAACUGUCCACUGUAGUGACCCAUGACCUUGCAAGGGUUUAAAUAAAUGGAACAGUUGUCAAAAAGAAUGUUCUAUUAGCGUUCUAAUUUCAAAACUGGUAUCAAAACAAUUAUUCUUUUUUUAAACUGGUAUGAGGGGAAGCAUUUUGCAGUACAAUGCAAGUUACUUUUCAUUGACUUGCAGCUGUGUGAUCAGUAAUUUUGCAGAUUUAAACAUUUUUGAAAUUAUUAUUUUGUAAUUUUAAUUUUCUCCUGUUAAACCUCUGCUCCACACUUUAGCCCACUUGUCGCCAAUAUGCAUGAAUGAGCUGAAGAACUGCAUUUAUCAGUAGUAGAGUGAAGAUGAGGGAAAAUGAGAAUUUAUACUUUGGGAUUUGAUUUGUUUUUCCCCUAUCUGUUCUACUUGUGCCCCUAAAUUUAGUACUUGUGACCCUAGCAGUGGUCUCUGUGUUAAAAAAAAAAAAAAAAAAAAAAAGUGGUUUGAGGGGGGACAAAAAACAAAAACGUUUUUCUUGUCUGGUCUAGAAAAUG